CACUGCCACUGCCGAAGCCGCCGCUCCGCGCCUCCACGCAGCACUCCGAGGCUCUCUUCCGCUCGGCUCCCUCUCGCACCCCGCUCACCAAAGAGAGGAGCGCGUUGCCGGCGGCCAAUCGGCGCGCCGUCGCCCUUAGCAACGACGUCCAUCAGCCUCGCCGGGCCAAUGAGCGCGCGGGGCGGGGCGGCGCGGAGUCGCAGGUGAGCCUCGGCGUCCACUCGGCAGAGCGCCUGGGAGGGAGCCGACUGGAAGCAGCGGGCGAGAGGAUGCGUGCGUCAAAUGCGAGCUGGUUCUAAUGCGAGCUGCCAGUCCGGCUCCGAGCGUCAUGGCGACCGCAGCGUCUAACCACUACAGCAUCCUCACGUCCAGCGCAUCCAUCGUGCACUCGGAGCCCGGCGGCAUGCAGCAAGCCGCGGCGUACCGGGACGCGCAGAGCCUGUUGCAGAGCGACUACCAACUGCAGGGCAACGGCCACGCGCUGAGCCACGCUCACCAGUGGAUCGCCGCGCUGUCCCACGGCGAGACGGCCCCGUGGUCGUCGGAGCAGGACAUCAAACCGGCGGUGCAGAGCGCCCGGGACGACAUGCACAACUCCGGCGGCAACCUGCAGCACCAAUCGCGGGCGCCGUCCCACCUGCCGGUGCACCAGGCGGCGCACGGGGGGAACCACCACGACGCCCGGGCGUGGAGGACCACCACGGCGGCGCACAUCCCCAGCAUGGCGACCACCAACGGCCAGGGCUUGAUCUACUCGCAGCCGAGCUUCGGCGUCAACGGGCUGAUCCCGGGGCCGGGCGGCGGCCAGGGGCUGCACCACCACAACCUUCGAGACCCUCACGAGGACCACCACAGCCCGCACCUGAGCGAGCACAGCCAUCCGACGUCUCAGCAGCAGCAGCAUCAGCACCAGCACGGCCCCAACCACCACGACCACUCGGACGAGGACACGCCGACCUCGGACGACUUGGAGCAGUUCGCCAAACAGUUCAAGCAGCGGAGGAUCAAGCUCGGCUUCACGCAGGCGGACGUGGGACUCGCCCUGGGGACCUUGUACGGGAAUGUGUUCUCCCAGACCACCAUUUGCAGGUUUGAGGCCCUGCAACUCAGCUUCAAAAACAUGUGCAAGCUGAAGCCUCUGUUGAACAAGUGGCUCGAGGAGGCCGACUCCACCUCGGGCAGCCCGACCAGUCUGGACAAAAUCGCCGCGCAGGGCAGGAAAAGAAAAAAACGGACCUCGAUCGAGGUCAGCGUCAAGGGGGCUUUGGAGAGCCAUUUUUUGAAGUGCCCAAAGCCCGCGGCCUCGGAAAUAAUCUCCCUGGCGGACAGUCUGCACUUGGAGAAAGAAGUGGUCAGGGUUUGGUUUUGUAACAGGAGACAGAAGGAGAAACGGAUGACGCCUCCCGGAGGAGCUCUGCCGGGGAGCGAGGACGUGUACGGGGACACGCCGCCCCACCACGGGGUCCAGACCCCCGUGCAAUGAGCCCGCUCCGACGGGACUUGGCCGAGAUUUUCACUUCUUAUCCCCCGCCACGCGGUUCUAUAUAAAUCACUGGACUAUAAAACGAUAGUGGGUGUUUUAUGUAUGAUGAAUAGCACUGAGUACGGUCCCCAAAUCUGCAGCGAGAACGAGAGGAGAAGGGGGGGGGGGGCGGGACGACCCCUCUCUCGUCUCUCUUCCAGAGCUCAUGGAACAUCAACGCGUGUUCUCUUCUGUUCUGAGGAUACCAGCCGAGCACUGUGAGUCCAUUCGACGCAGUUUCGAGGUGUAGCCCCCCCCCCCCCAUUGUGUCAUGGAAUUAUAGAACAGCAGAGGGAGGGGAGGGCACAAGGAUGCCGUUGUUUUCAACGCCAAACGCACGCGUCCGCUCUUCAACGGCAGAAUCUCUUCAACAACACUUUAUCCCCGUGUGUAAAAAAAACAUUACGAUUACAAAAAAAUACAAAAUAAUAACAAGGCAAAUGCGUUUUUAGUUGCGUUCGCCCCAUGCGGCAGAGAUGCUCGCUGCUUGAUUGGAUGCUGGGGGCCAUUAAAGAGUCGAGCUCAGGGUGAGCAUCUGUCAGCUUUGUAUUCAUUUUAUUGCGCCGAGACAGCAGGCCGUGCAGCUCCGAUAUUUAGGAUCUGAUCACCGAGGUCAGUCAGCGUUUCAUAAUUAAGAGAUUGAUGAUUAUAUUUGUGACUCCAACUCAUGGCCGUGGCUGUGAUGUGAUCAGCUAUCGCGAAGAAGAGGAUAAAGUCUUAUAAAUGAAUCAAACCACCCCGCCUUUAUUGUCCUUUAGACUCCCAGCUUCCAAAAAGAAAGGACGGACUCUUGAUUUCUACAAUAAUAACAUCAUUCGCAUCCGCUUUUGUAAAUAAUGUACUCUAAAUGGCAUGGUUCCAUCUUUUAUUUUGUUUUAUUUUAUUUUUCCACUGGGGCACUUUUUGAAAGAAUAUUCCAUAAAUAGAAUUUUUCAAAACCGGGUUCCUUCAUAAUCUACCUGCUGCCUUGUGUCCGUGUGUUAUUUAUCGCUCUCGCAUCCCCGAGUGCAUUUGCUCUAUUUUUUUUUACGUCAUGUAAAUUCCGUUUAUAUCGUUUCAGGAGUUUGAUUCUCUCGCACUAUACUGCUGAAAUGUGUGAAUUCAAUUACAAAUUCGCACGUAUGCUUUAUGAACUCAAUUUUAGAUGGAAAUACAUUCGUGUUUUUAAGAGUUCGCCUCAAAUCAAAGUCAGGGUGAGUUAAUAAAAAAAAAAACAGCAAAACUAAUCAGAACCGCUCAUUGGUUCCCAAGCAUAUUGUAGGCUCCGAAUACCCCCACCCACACACAAACAUCAGCAUUUGAUCAAAAGUGUUAUUAUUAUUAUUAUUAUUAUUAUUAUUAUUAUUAUUAUUAUUAUUAUUUUGUCGCUGAUAGUGUUGUGAUACACACGCCGGACUUGUGUGCGGGCAACGUGGGAUCGGUUCUCAGUCAGUGACGGUGUGAAUGUGGGAAUGAAUGUUCGUUUGUCUUUAUAUGUGCCCUGCGACUGAUUGGCGACCAGUUCAGGGUGUAGUCUGCCUUCCGCCCGAAGUCAGCUGGGAUAGGCUGCAGCAACUCCACGCGACCCUGUUCAGAAUAAGCGGUGAAAAUGGCUAGAUUAUUAUUAUUAUUAUUGUUAUUAUUAUUAUCAUCGCAGUAUUUUCGAGUUGUCUUCAUCUUCGCUCGUGUUUUUUUCAUCACUUGGAAGCCUUUUGUUUUAUAUUUGUAUUUGUCUGCUUUUGUAAUUUAUUCUCGAAUGGAUUUUGUGGAGGACAGUAUUUUAAUUUCCAUUUCCACAACUACAUGUAUAUACAUUUUUUUUUAUCCCGUAGGUGGCCUCUUAUUUUAUCCAAACAUUUCCACCAUCUCGAAGGGUUUGCUUUACUCCCCGGGAUAUUUUUUCCCCCGCCAGAAAGCAAGAGAAAACCUCGUUACAUUGAAAUGUUUCUUCAGUAGCUUUAAUCAAUCCUCAAGUCCAAAUUCACUGCAAGUUCAAGUUGUGAGAUCUGGAUCUGCUCUGAACCCACCAACGUUGUUUUUUACUUUUUCUUUUCCUGCGGUGAUAUGAUUUGUUUUUUGUUUGUUUGUUUUGUUGCGUUUAUGGUUCUUUGUUUGUUUAUCGGGGUUAUAUUAAGUCAUAUUCCCAGGAUGAACCUGGGGUUACCGAGGUGGUCAAUGUGUGGGUACUUCAUGACUUAUAUGAACAAACGGACUUGCACAUUUUUAAAUAACGGGGUUGAUAUUAAAGAGCUUUUUUCCAA